ACUGAAAGAAAGAAAAACAACAACCAUCCAUCUCAGUUCUUAUCUUAUAUACUACCAUGGCAGAGCAAAAGAACAUAGCAGAAACCACCAUGGAAGAUGCUUACAAGUUCCUCAAUAUUACUCAAAAUCCAGAUGGCUCACUCACUAGAACAACCCCAAUUCCUAAUGUACCUUCAACACCAGAAAAUAAUCCAAAUUCACCACAACAACUAAUUUCACUCUCCAAAGACAUACCUCUUAACCCCACCACCAACACCUCCAUACGUCUUUAUCGGCCUGUUUCCCCACCACCUAACGCUAAAUUACCGUUGAUCAUAUACUUCCAUGGUGGUGGUUUUGUGCUCUAUAGUGUGACUUCUAUCAUUUUUCAUGAAUCUUGUAAUGCCAUGGCAGCUCAGUUUCCUGCAUUAAUUGCUUCUGUCGAGUAUCGGCUCGCCCCCGAACACCGCCUUCCUGCAGCCUAUGACGAUGCCAUGGAUGCCAUCAAAUGGGCUAAAGAUCAAGCUAUUAAUGGUGGUGAUCCGUGGUUGAAAGAAUUUGCUGAUUUCUCUAAAGUUUUCUUGAUGGGUAGUAGUGCAGGAGGAAAUAUUGUGUACAAUGCAGGUCUACGUGCGCUCGAUCUCGAUCUCGAUCCGAUCAAGAUCGUAGGGCUGAUAAUUAAUCAAGCCUACUUUGGUGGGGUCGAGAGAACGGAAUCUGAGCGCAAGUUUGUUAAUGACAAGAUUGUGCCUUUGCAUGCGAAUGAUCUGAUGUGGUCGCUCGUAUUGCCUAGCGGUGCGGAUCGCGACCACGAGUAUUGUAAUCCGUUGAUUAGUGAGACGGGGUUGAAAGAGAAGAUCAGACGGUUGCCAAGGUGUUUGAUCAGAGGGUAUGCAGGGGACCCACUGGUUGAUAGGCAGAAGAGAUUUGCUAAGAUGGUUGAGUCACAUGGUGUGCACGUGACCUCUCAAUUUCUUGAAACUGGACAUCAUGCUGUGGAGAUAUUUAAUCCAAAAAGUGCUCAAGAUUUGUAUGAUGAUAUAAAGGAUUUUGUCAAAUCUACUUGUGAUGGUAAUAUGGGCAAAUCAGCCAUGUGAUGAAGUACUGUGACAAGUUAAAAUUUGUUUAAAGUUAGUAAUGUUUUUCACUUCUUUAUGGAGUAGUAUAAUUUUUCUAUUAAAGAUGAGUUUGUUUGAAU